UAUUUUAAGGGCUUUUAUACUCGAUUAACUGGUUGGAUUUAAGCGACAAAAAUGCCGGAAAAGGCAGACGCUUUAACUUUCAAACAGACGCUAAAAAUGCGUCGGAAUUACGUGGGGAGAUCAUGUAAGCUGCAUUAUGAGGUGUCUCCGCUGAAGAUUGUGAGAGCAUCGAGACAGUACAUGUAUGAUGACUCUGGUAGUGAAUACCUGGACUGUAUCAAUAAUACCUCACAUGUCGGCCACUGUCAUCCACAUGUCAUUGGGGCUGGUCAGGAACAGAUGUCCAAGUUAAUAACAGCAUAUGGCUUCCUCACAGAUUGCCAAGUAGAAUAUGCAAAACGCAUUGUCGAGCUCCUACCCGAGAGCCUGUGUGUUUGCUACUUCCUGAAUUCUGGGUCUGAAGCAAAUGAUUUGGCCUUGAGGUUAGCAAAAUCCUACACAAAACAGAGUGACUUUAUCGUUCUAGAAAAUGCAUAUCAUGGAAACACAGAAAAUCUGAUUAAAAUCAGUCCAUCAAGAUUGAAACAACACAAUUUACCAAAGGAGGACUGGGUUCAUAUUGUUCCAGUACCAGAUACAUAUCGGGGUAAAUACAGAGAAGACUCCCUAAGUCCAGGUCACCUGUAUGCCCAGGAGGUGAAAACUGCCAUCAGAAAGGCUGUGGAAAAUGGUAGAAGCGUAGCUGGUUUUAUUAGCGAGCCGAUAUUGACCAGUGCUGGCACGGUUGUUCCGCCUCCAAACUAUUUAAAAUAUGUUUACAGAUAUGUGCGAGAGGCGGGUGGGAUUUGUAUCGCUGACGAGAUACAGACAGGACUUGGUCGUUGUGGUGAGAAGUACUGGGCAUUUGAGAGUCAAGACGUUGUUCCAGAUAUUAUAACACUAGGAAAGCCACUGGGUAAUGGACAUCCAAUGUCACUGGUGGUAACAACGAAAGAAAUCUCAGAUUCACUGAAGGAAUUCAGCAGUACAUUUGGAGGAAAUCCAGUGGCUUGUGCAAUGGGUAUGGCAGUACUUGAUGUGAUAAAGAAUGAGCAGUUACUGUCCAGUGCCAAGUCAGUUGGCAAAUGUCUGAUGCAGGGAUUCAAAGCUAUCAUUGACAAUCAUAGAAUGAUGGGAGAUGUUAGGGGUAUGGGAAUGUUGAUGGGCGUGGAGAUUGUAAUUGAUAAAGAGAGCCGGAAACCUAACAAGGAUGCUGCAGAACUUCUGGUUUACAAAAUGAAAGAGAGGAAGAUCAUGACAUCCAAUGAGGGACCGGAUAAGAAUGUGAUCAUAUUCCAGCCACCAAUGUGUUUUACAUGUGACAAUGCUCGUACUGUUAUACAGGCAUUAGAUCAAGCCCUGACUGAAGUUGAGACUGAGGCAACUCAAGUCUCACAGGAAUCCAGCAAUUCAAUACAGGUGCCUCUUAGUAUUUUAACUGGGAUAAAGCAUAAAUUGGACAGUGAUGAUGAUGACGAUGAUGAUGAUGAUGAAUCUCCAAAUAAACGCAAAAAGAUCAGUUAUGAGGAAAUGGACUGAACAGAUUCUUUAUGACAAUCAUCUAUUAACAAUUUUAUAUUUUUAAAUGACAAAGAAGAAAAUAAGGGCAUUUAUAACAUGUUUUUCUGUGAAAUAUUAGAGUGAAAUUUAUCAGGUAAUUUCACAGUGAAAACAAAACUACAAAAUGGGUAAAAAUUUGGUUUUAAUCAAAUGAAACAACAUGAAAUCAAAGGACAUGAAAGGUCAAAAUUGUUUUCACUUGAGAAGACCAUGUUGUAUAUUUUCACUGGUGGCUAUGCCACAUGUGAAAAUAUUGCACUUGAUAUUCACCUUGAUGAAAAACAUAAAUAUCCUAUGUGUUGUUUUAUUCGGAAGUAGACUUUUAAAUAUAUUAUUUUAUUUGACAUAAGCAUUAACUUAAAAAUGUUAUGUGCACAUGUGUAAAAGGAAUAUUCAUUAACAUUUAACUACCAUAUAGACUGAUGAUGAUAUAGUGGUUCAUAUACUACAUGUAUAUUGACAAAAUUUAGUUGCAUUCACUGGAGAUACUGUCUGUGUUGUGUUCAGUACAUUUAUUUGAAUCAACAUCUGUUUAAUACCAUAACAUCUUUGUACAAUAUAUAUCUUUAGAAACUUUCACUGACAUAAGCCUUUAAAAAAAUCAUGAAUAUCAUUUAUUUAAUUUCACACAAAUUAAUUGCUCAAGUUCAUAAGCAAAUGUAAACAGAUGUAUUGUUGUUGUUUUUUUUUGCUCACCUGAGCUAAUAGUGCUUGGGGUAAGCUAUUUGUGAUCACUCACCAUCCAUUGUCUGUCUGUCUGUCUGUUAUCUGACUGACCACACUUUUUUUUCAGACAACAUUUCCUCUAAACCAUGGGGUGGAAGUUUAUGAAACUUGGCCUGGAUGUUCCUUAGUAAUUUCUUCCAAAAUUGUUCAAACAGUUUUGCUUGUUUGCUCAAAAGGGCCAUCAGAGCCUAAAAUAGAAAAAAAUCUUUGAAUGAAAUCUCCUCCUAAACCACUUAUCCAGUUUUGAAAUAAUUUCACACAAAUGGUCCUUCUGUGACCUUCUACCAAGGUUAUUCAAAUUUUUCCAAUUUGUCAAAAACAUGGUCGCCAGGGGACAUGGUUACUUUUCCCUAUAUGUAUAUAGUGAAAACUUUAAAAAACCUUCUGGUAUGAAAUUACUGGCCUGAUUUUAAUAUAAUUUCUCACAGUUCCUGUGGUGACUCUUAAUGAAGACUGUUAACAUUAAAAUUAAAAUAUUCUUGUCAGAAAACACUAGCACUAUUUCAAAAUAAUUUCAUAGACAUUUUCCUUGCAUAACCAUCUACCAAAACUGUUCAAGCAAGUGGUGUGACUUGGGUGAGCGAUAUAGGGCCAUUAUGGCCAUUUUUGUAUUCAAUUUUUCUUUAAAGUUAAUUCAGUUGAAAUUAUAAGAAAAAAAAAUUAAGUAUAAAAAUAACAAAUUUGAUAUUAAUCAUAUGAUUUCUGUUGGCAUUGCAUUAUGAUAUUUCAUAAGCAUAAAUGAGUUUUUAUAUAUGUAUAUGUGUUUUAUUCUCGAUGAGAAAAUUCAGUUGCUUUCAAUUGUUAUAUAUUGUUUCAUUUUAAAAUCAUUGUGUUUUUAUGCCCCCCUUGUGAUAUAUAAUGUGUAUUAUUAUUAUGAAAGCUUUAUAAGGAGUGAUAAUGUUUACAUAAGUCAUCCAUAAUUUUAUUUUAAUAAGUUAAGAUGUUGUGUUCCUUCUAAUAGUUACCAAUAGCUGUUAUGACACAUGACAUUUGAAGGAAUUUACAUACUUUGUAUACAAAUUUUGUCCUUGUUUUGCAAAUGGAUGAUUUUAAUUAUUGGCAGAUUAUUUCUAAUAAGAUUGGAAGUAUUUUUCUACCAGUUGGUCCAUCAUUUAUAUAUGUAUAUGAACUUUGAUGAAUGUAUUUACUUGUUAAGAAAUGGAACCUACCAAACCUUGUUUGUUCACCCCUGCUAAAAUUAAAAAUUGGACCAGACACUCUUUAAGUACAGUUUUAUAAAAUUUCUGUAAUUGUAACAGUUUCUGAUAGUAUUGAAUGUCAGUCUUACGUUGUUAUAUUCAACUUUCCUUCCUGCUUUUCAAAUGUUUUUUUAGUAAUGUAUGUUAAAAUGUUUGUGUUUGACUGUUUACACAAUUACAUGAUGUUAAUAUGUUUGAUUUUUGUUUUUAGGAAAGGGCCUAAAACAUCAGUAUUUUUCCAUAUUUUCUGGUCAGAUUUAACAUCUGGGCCCAGUUGCUCGAAACUUUAACAGGCUGUGAAACUAACCGCUAGUUACUUUUUUAUUCAAAAUAUUUGUCUUUGUGGGAAAUAUUUGUCUUUGUGGAAAAUAUUUGUCUUUGUGGGAAAUACUGGUCUUUGUGGGAAAUAUUUGUCUUUGUGGGAAAUACUUGUCUUUGUGGGAAAUACUAGUAUAAUGUUUUGCUUUUACUGUAAAGACAUUUAAGUGUUCAUAAUCCUCAACUUAUAACUUUGUUUUUCUAAGUCUUCUGAAAUGUUGAAAUAUAACCCUAAAAGUUAAUCGACCGUUAGCAUAAUCGCCUGUCAAAGUUUGGAACAACUGGGUCCAGGAUGCAUGAUGUCAUUUUAAUAUGUGCCAUCUUUUAUUAGAGUUGAUAUUUACAAUUUCAGUGAAGGUAAACCAGAAAGUUAUGUCAUUUAUAUAAUAUCAGUAGGAGUAGAUGCUUAUGUAAUAAAAAGAUUAUUAGCUUUGAGAUAUAAUUUAUAUGAUCGUUCUUUUGUGGAAUUAUUUUUUACUCUUAAACAGGCAUUCCGCUGCAAAGCUUAAUGUAUAUUUCCCAAUGUAAAGCUAAUAAUCUGCAAGUACUGUUUUUUACAAAGUGUCAUUUCAACUUGAUUUGUGAUAUACAUGUAUAUUGAAUGAACUGAUGCUAUCAAUAUUUUAGGUUCUCUUAUCUUAAUAUUUAUGUCUUUUCCACCAUAAUUUAACAAUAUUUUAAAGGAAAAUGCACCAGAAGUACAAUAACUGGAAUAUGUACAACAUUUGUUUUAUCUCUCUUUGGACAUUUAUGUAAACUGAAGGAUUUGUGGUCCCUAUAAAGAUAUGAUGUACAAAAUCACAUGUAUUCAUUAUGUUGACAUUUAAAUCAUAACAUACAUGGAUAUAUUGACAUUUAUAUCAUGCCGUGGAUCAAUAUGUGGGCAUUUAAAUCAUGACAUUCUUCACUCUUUCAUUUUUAGCUUGACUAUUCGAAGAAUAGGGGAGCUAUCCUACUCGCCCCGGCGUGGGCGUGAGCGUUAGCGUCACACAAAUGUUAAAGUUUGCAUACCACCCCAAAUAUUUUAGAUAUAUAAAAAUAAGUCCAUUGAGAUAUUGCUUUCAUAUUUUGCAUACUUGUUUACCAUCAUGACCCCAGUCUGUAAACAGGAGCAGACAAGUCUAUCAAGCAUUUGACUGAAUUAUGGCCCCUUUUCGACUAAGAAUAUGCUUAUUGUAAUGUUAAAGUUUUACUCAUAGCUUAUAUUAUACUAUCAAGCACUGAGAAUAGUCGAUCGCGCUGUCAACUGACAUCUCUUGUUUUAUGGUGGGCCGGUGGUCUAGUGGUAACACACUUGACUGUCAAUCCAGAGGUACGGAGUUUGAAUCCCGGUCCAGGCACUAGAAAUUUCUGAGAUGCUCUUGAGUGUCUUCCACCUUACUAUAAGGCCUGUACUGGUUCUUCCCAAGAAAGGCAGCUUCGCGUGUACCGGUGCUAUACACCUGGCACGUUAAAGAACCAGACUGUCUAUUCGCAAAGAGCUAGGCUAAGUUAGCCAAACAAGCCUGUAUCUAAAAAUGAUUUCUCUCUUAUCAGUUCUGGGGGCUUUAUCCCACUCUGCCCCUCUGGUCUGAUCGUUCUGUGUCUGUACUAGUAGAAGAUAAAUUUCACGCCCUGUAUGGCUGCGUUUGAAGAAUUCCAUGCCAUGCAGAAUUCUGGUCGCCAUGCCAAUCAAAAGUAAAACGUCAACAAUGCUCUUCAAAGCCACAAUUCUCAGAGCUUAGAUAUUUGUUGCAUGACAUUGUCUAGUAGCCUUCUACCAAAACUGUUCAAAUCAUGCCCAUGUUGUCUAAAUGGGCUCCUCAGGGGUUCAUUUAUUUUACAUAGACUUAUAUAAGGAAAGCUUUGAAAUUCUUCUUUUCUAAAACUGUAAGACCCAGAGCAUAAAUAUUGGUCUUGUUGCAUUGUGUAGUGGUCCUCUACCAAGUUUUUUCAUAUCAUGACCUUGGGGUUGGUCCCAUCCUGUUGUUCACUUUUUUACAUAGACUUAAUAUAUAAAAACUUUAAACUCUUCAUCUCUAAAACCACAACUAAGAUAUUUUACUUGUGAAAUUGUUUAGUGGCCCUCCGCCAAGUUUGUUCAAAUCAUGCCCCUGGGGUCACAAUUGCCACAUCUCGGAGGUGGGGGGCUCCUUUGUUUUACUAUAGAUCUUCUUGUCAAAAGACCACAAGCCACGGAGCUUAGAUAUUUGGCUUGAACAGUGUGUAAUGGUCCUCUGCCAGUCAUGCCUUGGGGUCAAGUUGACUACAAUCAUGGGGUCAUAUGUCUUUUUGUCUAAAACUUCAAGGCCUUAAGCUUAGAUUCCUGGCAUGUAGCAUUGUAUAGAGCUCUACCAAGAAACCAUAUGCACAUUUGAGUCAGAUGAGCGUAAUAGAGCCAUCAUUGCUGUAUUACUAGAAUAUAUUCAUAAAGGGUACAACAUUUUGGUGUCAUGUUUAACAUUUAUAAAUGGACUGUCCCAUGAGAAAACCUGUAUAAGUGACAAAAAAUAACAAAAUAUUCAUGAAGAACACUCUUGUACCUUUCAGACCUAAUCACUUGAAGUAAUCAUCACUAUUUUAAGAGCUGUAAUGCUUAUAAGUAUGUCACCGAAUGCAUGUUUAGGCAUGACAUUAAGAACGUCAUGAAAGCAGUAUGAUGCCGACGUUCAUGGAGUGUUUUUCAGGUCAUUAGUGCAACAAAUUAUGCAUAUCACUUACAAAAUAUCAUACUUUUGAAUAUUAAGGAAAAGUUUAAAAUGAUUUUACUUA